AUGCGAUCUUCAGUGGAUGUGACAUGGUCGGCCACAUUGAAGAAUCGUCCCGCUCUUCCCUCAUGGCUUCACAUCGUUCCAUCUCGAUACAAAGCGAUUGCUUAUCUUGUUGGAACACCGGUGACCGCGGCGCGACAAGUCACAGUGCACGUGUUCGCGAAACGUCUUGAUACGUAUCAAAUUAAACAGCAAUACAUUGUUAUAUCUAUGUCCGAAGAUGAACGAUAUACACGGACAACACAACAGCUGAUUGAUAUCUUUGUGAAGAACGUCGAAGUCGAAACUAUCCUUUCUAAUCGAGAUGGGACUAUAGGUCGGCUAGAAAAAUCGUUGAGAGAGGCAUUUCGCGGAAAAGACGUAAAUCCUUAUAUCUACAACAUUGAACCGGAGUUUCGGGUCCCACAAGGGAAGGAGCAUCUUUUUCGGAUUCAGAAAAGCGGUAGCCUGAUUUCCAUCGGUUCACAGCGAGGAUUUUAUCCCAAUGUACACAAACUUAUUCGCAAUUUGCGUAUGAGUCCGUUUUUCUGCCAAAAACAGAAUUUGGUCGUCCUUAACAAAUAUUUCGCCCCAACAUUUGAUGUGGACUGGUGUCGCACUAGAAUCAGGAACCUAACCAUGCUGCAUAACUAUAUUGAUGGAGAAUCAAGAAGAACUCUGUAUAACACUGAAAAGAUUGUGGAGUUCGGACAGGUUAACGCCACUCCCGCACAACCUCUUAGAGAAGUGGGUUCCAUCGGCGAAGGAUACACGUUCUGGGAAAGCGUCUUGGUUUUCCCGCUUAUCGCUGUUUUUUGUAUUGUUCUCGUCCUUGUUUUGAGUCUCAUUUUCUUCGGCAGAAGAGAGGGUCAACAAUGGCGGGAUUAUAAAACGCCAAAAGAACAGUUAAACGAAUAUGUGAGUGUUCGACAAAGUCAGCGACACCUUCGGGAAUUGUCUGUGCAAAGACAACUACUACUUAUGGCUGGUGAUCAUGACCACACUUCUCCACCAUUCGGAGUUCAUUCCUUCCUCCAGCCGAAAUGCAAAAGUGCAGCGAAUUGUUCUGAUCCCGGUUGUCGAUUGGGCAAAAGUCCUAACAAGCUAGACAGCAAUAUAGUAGAAGAUACGACAGAUAUCUUAUCCACCAACGAUUCAGUGCCUGUAGGAAAGCAAACAGUGGCAGAAGCAGCAAGACAAUGUGGAAGUUCACUUCAUUUCUAUAGAAACCCUUUAGAAAGUGAAACGGACGAAGAGAAUGACAAUGACAGUCUCGACGAAGGAGAUAUCACUAGUGUAUGA